AUGGUGGCCGUCUUCGUCCUCGGCGCCGCGGCGGUGGGCACGGUGGUGAUCAACGUGAAGAAAAAUAGAGGCAAUGGACGAAGAUCGCGAACGGGGGCGUCGAUGUUCGACGAGGAGGCGCGCAACGCGGCGUCGUCGGCGCGCGUGGCGGGCUUGGAGGACAUGCUGAAAGACAUGGCGGAUAAAGCGCGCCUGGCGGAGGAGCGAUUGGAGAGCGCGAUGCGAGAGAAGAACGCGAUCGAACGUGUUUUAGAGGAGAUGGAGCGAGCAAAGUCGAAUAUGCGCGUCGAGAACACAGAGUUGAGGGACUCGGUGACGGUGCUCAAGAGUGACUUGCAAGAAGUCACCGAGAGACAUCAGUUGGUGGUUCGCAAGUGGCGGGACGAAUUGGUGACGUAUCGGGAGAAGACUCCGCAGGACUUCUUAGCCGAGGUCAUCGGACUCGUAGCGGACAUGGACAACGAGGUGACGAUCGAGGUGAUCCCGCCUGAGGCUCCACGCGAGGAGAAGAAGCACGACGAGGUGCGCCUGGAGGAGUGCGAGUGGGAGUACAAUCCUCGACUCGCCGUGGCUGACUCUACACGACUUUUGAUGCUCGCGAACUGCGGAAAAUUCGUUGCGGCGACGAAGAACGAGCGUUUUCAAAAGGUAACGCACGUCAAGCCGAUCGCUUCGCCAUACCGACCGACAACGCCCACGCGAGCGGCGCUCGGCAAGCUGACCAACACCGGCGCUCAACGCGCCGCGAAGGUCAUGCAAAAAGCCACCGAUCUGGUGCACGCCAGCCGUACAGCGUCCACACCCGCGACGAAGGUCAUCGGUACCGAGAGAUCGAUCGAAUUCGGUGAAUGCUUGACUUUUGAAAAGAGCGUCUCGUCGCCAAUCGCAAAGCUUGUCUCGCCACGAGGCGGUGUUCUAACUGCGGUCGAAGCCGACGACUUCAUGACCCCCACGUCCAACGCCAUUUCUCGAUGA